AUGACGCAGCGCCGUGCGUGCGGCGCCCACUUCCGGCCCGCCGCCCGCCGCAGUGACAGGCAGCAGUCAGAGCGCGGCGCGGGCACAGCGGGACCGCCGCCCCCCGCCGCCGCCAUGAACGGCAAAGGGCAGUACCCCACGCAGCCCUCCUACCCCGUGCAGAGCGCUGCCAACCCCCCCGUGUACCCACAGACUGUGCCCCUCCCGCAGCCCCCGCCGUACACCGACGCUCCUCCUGCGUACUCCGAGCUCUACCGUCCCAGCUUCGUCCCUCUGGGGGCUGCCACUGUCCCCACCAUGUCGGCAGCGUAUCCAGGUGCAUCUGUCUUCCUGCCCGUGGCCCAAUCCGUGGCCGUGGGGCCCAUCGGUUCCUCCGUCCCCAUGGCGUAUUACCCCGUGGGACCCGUCUAUCCGCCGGGCUCCACCGUGCUGGUGGAAGGUGGCUUUGAUGCUGGAGCGAGGUUUGGGGCUGGAGGCACCGCCAGCAUCCCUGUGAGUACAGACUGACCCCAAAACCCCGCGGGGAGGAGACGUGCCUUGAUUUCUGACCUGGGAGGCGGGAGGGUGGGGGGCACAAAACUGCAGCUGCGGGCUGACUGUACCCUCGGCUGCAUCAACAGACUGGGGGCAAUGGGGCAGGGAGGGGGUCGUCCCCCUCUGCAGUGGGGCAGGGAGGGGGGGCGUG